GUUGCUUACGUUCGGUUCGUUCGCAUUUCUUCUCUAUCUUAUAUAAUAUUAUAUUUUCUCCUAAAUCAAUUUUUUCACUACCAACAACAACAACAAUAAUAACAACUCAACUAUUCUCAACUCGCGUCAACCUUAACUUAACUUUCUCAAAAAAAAAAAACUACAACUCUACCACUACAACUCUGUCAACUUUCCGUUUUUUAAACUGAACCUCAAAACAAAACAUUUAAUUUCGACUCGACCAUCGAACAAGCUUUGUUUCUAAAAACCGAGGAGAAAAUUGCCAGCGAAAAGGAGAAAGGAUACCCAAAAAAAAAAAAAAGAAAAGGAAAGCCCCCCUUAUGUUUUGAGUCCAAAUUCCGUGUUAAAAACAAACGUAAACGUAAACGCAAAUGUAAAAAUCGAUAAGCCACACGCAGCCAGCCAACUGAACGCGAACGUGUCCGUGUGUGUUCCGUGGAGCGAGGGGAAGAAAGCGGGGGGAACUGACCAAAAAUCGGUGGCCCUGGCCAAAAACGCAAAAACUCCGGCCCAAAAAAAAACAAAAGAAAUAAAAGAGCGAGACGAAACUCCAGCCCAAAUGACGGAUACGGGUCUGACAACGAAUCGAGCGCCGAAAUGUGUGAAGUGGCUGUGAAACCCGAAGAAUCCUAACUAAAAAAACCAAUUUACAAUAAAAUGCAAAUUAUUAAGAAUAUUUAACCGACACACACACGCCACACACACACACACGAACAAUCAAAGGGAGAGGAAUCAGGGAUUGCAGAAAUGCCAGGCCUGAAGAGCUCCAACAAGCUGUACGACUAAAACCUUAAGAGAUCUUUCGGCGAGCCAAACUCUAUAUACAAUAUAUAUAUUUUCACAUGCGAGAUAACAACAGCAACGUUUCCUUUCCGCUUUUGCCACGAACAAUACCCCCUGAGACGGUCUUUGCUCGCUCGAAACUCGACACUAGCUUCAGCACUUAGCCCUCUAAGACCUAACUGGAUCCUCCCAGCUCCUAGCCAAACAAAACUCUAACCUCAAGAAACCCCGAAGAUGCCGCGCUGCCUGAUCGCGAAGAAGUGGAAGGCGUAUCCCUGGCUGGAUCGCUCCGAGGACAACGGCCAGCAGCAGCAGGGCAGCACGAGCUCCGCGCGAGAACUGGAGGAGCUGCAUCUGAAGUCCAGACGCUCCACCCUGGACGAGGACGAGGAGAUCGACGUGGUGGGCGACAAAUUCCUGAUCAAGUUGGAGAAGCAACGCACAACAGCAGCGGACGCGGCGGCAGCAGCAACAGCAGCAGCAGCAACUUCCAUCGAGGCGGCAACAUCGCACGGCAGCAGCAACAUCGAGGCAACGACGUCCAAGUGCUGGGGACCCAGUUCACCCACGGCGGGCACCACGGCUCCCAGUCCGCCGCCCCAUUCCCCGGAGGCGGCGACUCGAGUGGCCGGCAAUGUUUACAACGGCUACACCCGCGAACUGUCGCCGCUGCACUACACCGCGUACCUGCCCCGCAUGGAGAGCGGGAUAACCGUGAUCCGUGCCGCGGCCACAGCUCUGGUGGCAGCCGCGUCCGUCUCGUCCGGAAACGGAAAUGGCAAUGGAGACCAGCACCUAGCGGCCUACCAAACGCCGCCCUCGUCCACCACUUCGUCGCCCAGUUGUUCGCCCAGCGGCGCCGGCGAUCGCUACAGUCCGCUUUCGAGCGGUCAGACCUCCAGCGAACGGAAGUGCUUCAGCAGCACGGGGGCCACCCUGUCGCUGCCGCCCAAGAAGAAGGACAUCUACAGACCGUACUCCCUGGACGACAAGCCGGCGCACGGCUACCGACGAAGGAUUCCGGCGGAGGAGGACCUGCAUGCGGCACACGCCAUCCUGGACCUGAGUGCCAGCACAGCCUUCCACCCGCCCACGCAGCCUCACCAACUGCAGCAACAGCAGCAGCAACAACAGCAGCAGCAGCAACAGCACACUCAGCAGCAACACCUUGCCCCGCAGCAACAUCAUUACUUGCCACUGCAGCAGCAGCAGCAGCAACAGCAGCAGGCACACCACACCCACUUGCCAACUCUCGAGGCGCAUGCGCAUCUGCGCAGCACAUCAUCGAUUGCCGAACUGGCUGCAGCGGCCAGCGUGGUAAAUGAGCAACGCCCCGCGAGCAACGCCUCGAGUGCCAGCAGCAACCACAUGCCCAGCAGCCCCAGCAGCCACUCGAGCAGCAGCCACAGCAGCAGCAGCAGCCAGGUGCAGAAUGAGAACAGCAACACCACGAACACGAACCAGGAUGGCGAGUGCCUGCAGGACGGCGAGCACGGCGGCGCCUCGGGAGCGUCGGCCAAGACGGUGGCCUACACCUACGAGGCCUUCUUCGUCAGCGACGGCCGGUCGAAGCGCAAGCACGUGACGGAUCCCGCCGCCGCCGUGCCCACUCCCGAUCAGCAGAAGACCAAGUACACCUGCUCCGAGUGCGGCAAGCAGUACGCCACCUCCUCGAACCUCUCGCGCCACAAGCAGACCCAUCGCUCGCUGGACUCGCAGUCGGCCAAGAAGUGCCACACCUGUGGCAAGGCCUACGUCUCCAUGCCCGCGUUGGCGAUGCACGUCCUGACGCACAAGCUAUCGCACAGCUGCGGCGUCUGCGGCAAGCUCUUCUCGCGGCCCUGGCUGCUGCAGGGCCACCUGCGCUCCCACACGGGCGAAAAGCCCUACGGAUGUGCGCACUGCGGCAAGGCCUUUGCGGAUCGCUCCAAUCUGCGCGCCCACAUGCAAACCCACUCGGUGGACAAGAACUUCGAGUGCAAGCGGUGCCACAAGACCUUCGCCCUGAAGUCGUACCUCAACAAGCACUUGGAGUCGGCCUGCCUGAAGGACGAGGAGGAGCUGAUGAUGUCCAUGUCGCUGUCGAUGCACGACAGCAACAGCGAGAGUGGGGCGAGUAUGGCCUCGUCGCCGCCACACGAGUUCCUUGAGCGCGUUAAAAUCGAGGGCAGUGGAGGACCCACUUAUGCCAUGUAAGCAAUAUAUAUAUAUGCGGGGGUGGCACACCGAAUCUCUGGCGGUAUUAAGUCACUGUUUGCACGAUCCGGCUCGAAGGACCAAAAUGAGUUUUUAGACCUU